GUUGUUGUAAAAAAAACAACAACAAAAAAACCGCAAGCGAUCAGCCGCUGUUUGUCGACCUGUGGUGGUAGUUUGUAAACGGGCCUGUAGGAGGUUGCAGUACUCCUCAGUAGCUGCAUACAUUGCCUUGCCUUUUUUGCCUCCUUGUGGCUGGACUGGUGGAUUAUGGUCUUGCCUCAUAUCUCACUGCUACACGGAUUUUGCCGGACUUAACUCAGUGGCAUGACUGUCGUUGUCCCACGUAUCCCCACAAUCACCGCUUUCCUUUCUUUUCAUAGGUGUGAAAACCACAAGGGAACAGGCACACUACACAAUCCCACAACAAAUUUUAAAUGCAUUCAUGAAAGGCAGCAUUUACAACAAAUAUUGACAACAUGAAUUCUACUGGUUGAGAAAAACAACCACUUGUCCUUCACUUAUGAUAAGCCCCCACUCCACUCCACAGACCUGGCUUGUAUUAAAGUUUUCUCUCCUUUGAUGCAUGUUAACCCCGCUCUUAAGACUCAUCCCAGAUGUGAUGGUUUUGGUUAUCAGUUGCCUGGCAUCAGACAUUAAGACAGUUGGACGCUCAGACUAUGGAAAAGAUCGCCUGUUAUUAACCUGCUCCCACACCAUUGAUGUGCAGUGAGCAAAAAUCACCUAUCCACUGCUGCAGGUGCUUACUUAAAGGCAGUGUAAAGACUGCUGCAAUGUAGGCUGACUAAAUCCUUGACUAAAACUACAGAUGUCAUUAACAGCUAAUCACGUUGUCUGCAGCUGAACUGUUGGUUAGUUGUGUUGUUCUAUAUUACCACUUACGGAUCUAUAUUUUUUAAACAUUUAUUUAUUUCCUUCUUUUCUCCUAUUACCUUAUUCCUCUUUGACAUCUAGUAGGUGUGUGUAUCUGUGCAAUUCACUUUCUCUUAAAUUACUUUUAAGCAUAACCUAACUAACACAAGCAAUACAAAAAAAACCAACAAAAAAAACAGUCACAUUGAGAGAAAUCUGUUGUGUUCACUUUUGGCCUCCAAAUAUUGUCAUUGUCUCUGAUUUUGCCAUUGAAGUUAUCAUUGAUGACUUUGGUAGCAAGGCUCUAUAUAGAAGACAUGCACCAAUCCAGUUUUGCACUGGAUAACAGUUUGUCCCUAAAAUAAGAGAGCCAUCGUAGCACGAAGGGAGUAAACAGCAAAUGUUCAGUAGUUUGUAGCUGCAGUUUUACCAACUACUUUUCUUUGGAGCUUUGCAAAGGUUUUUGAAAAAUCGUCAUUGGUUUUCAUUCAUGACAAUGCUUUCUCUCACUGUUGCUGUGUUUAAUGUAAGAAUUGUUGGGAAGCUUUUACUGCACUUUUCGGAACAUAACCUGUUGCAUAUGUGAAAACUUAGUUUGUCAAAAGUACUUGCAUAAUGAUCAGGUACAAAGUCUGUACAGACAGUGUACAGAUUGGUUAAAUUAUUCCACGGUGCAAAAUGAUUUUACAGUGACACUAAAGUCACUUAAAGUGCAGAGGGCUAAUGUAACCAGUUAAAUUAAGCGCAAGCAGACAACAGAGCAUCAAUUAUGGUACUCAACUUUAGUCACUUAUCUGAUGCAAUUCAAGAUGAGCGGUGGAGUCUAAUCUUGUCCCCUGAGGAGACAGAAGAUCCUCAUGAGCUGCUCUAUGCCACCAACCUGCUACUGAGCAUGGUUUAUUGCGAUCAUGUUUAGAGGGUAGGAGGAUGUGUUCAUGACUUAUGGCAGUUUGCACCAGUCGAGGUCCAUCUGUGUGCUGUCAUUACCAGAAAGUCAACGGCAGAUCCAGCUUCCUUCACCAACUUUCCAAGCCAUACGUCGUCUUUCUUCUGAAUGCUGCCUUACCAGCACAGCACUGCAACUUGUGGACUGGACUUGGAGAUCGUCAUAAUAAAAAUACCACACCUGUUUAGCAUGAUUUUCAAAGUUGUGUGCAUAUGUUAGUUCGACCUUAUUGGGUACUAAUCAUGGGUCUUGUUAGAAACAUCUGGAAGUUGGACGAUUAGCGCGCAUGUUCCGUGUCUCUAUCCACAGAUCAGGGACAUGCAAAGGAUAGAGGAGAACAAGAUAAGAUAAGCUGCUUUGGAAGAUCUAUUAACCUUAUUUUUCUAAGAUUAACACCUCCUUUCUAUUUUGUUGUUGUUGUCUCCUGUGUCUCCAUUGUUUCAAUCCCUUGUUUUCUAUGUUUCUGAUGCUUUUGUUUCCACCUUUCCUUCUUACUAGUGAAGACCUGAAGAUGAUAUUGACAGAAUGAGUCGGCAAAUUAAGAAAAGGCCUCCCAGAUGAUGGAUUUCAUCUUUCGUCUGUGAAGGUUCUCAGUCAUCUUUCCAAGAUUCUGAGGCCCAGUACAACUCAUUAACCUUUUUUCUUUGUUUUCUUUAUUUUUAACUCUCCAGCUUUCCAUUGCCAUCGAAGCGUUACACCCCUUCUCCUGCACCAGGGCCCCAACAGAGCCCCCUACUUGGUGGGCUCCCAGGGAGCUCUUUACUGAUCGGACAGCAAGCCGCAUGCUUGUGGCUAGCUCAGCUCAAAGCCCACCUUGCGUUGACACAGAUAAAUAACGCUAUUGCUCUUGGUGGCCGAACCAACACACGCGCCCCAUUUAUACCCACGACACCCCCCUGCACAACAGCUGCAGCCAUCAGUCUACUAAACCUUCUGAAGGUUGCUAACACCAUGUCCCAUCCCUUAUAUAACCCCUAUGCCUCUGGGAAUCAAAGUUCAGCCCAGGGGCGCUAUGGACAGUCCAGUAUGCAGGCAGAGAGAGACUCUCAUAAGACAUCUCCUCAUCUUGGGCCUGGGUCCAGCUUUAGCUCUUCUGGAGUUUCAUCUGCGACUCCUGCAAAAUCUGGAGGGAUAAUCCCGUCACUGCUAACUAUGCCAAUGAGCUACAGGCCAGAAGGGAGUAAGACUUCAAUGGAAGAGGACAUAAAGAGGUCCAUAGACAUGCAUAUAAGCAGAGCCAGAGAGGAGGUGAGGAAUCAGCCUGUAAACAAGAGCAGUCAUUUUACCAGCACUCAAAGAGAUGAGUGUCAUUCUUCAAGCAAAGAUGUGGCUUCCUACGUGUUGUCCUCAACCUCUCAAAGACCCCCUGAUGUUGCAAGUAGCACUAGCUCCAUGGACUGGUUGCGAAGCUACAAACGGGAAACUGAGGAUGAUUCGUCUAAAUACUGUUCAUCAUCUGCUUCAUUGAGCUAUCAAAGCACUGGUGACGGUAGGUUUAAUGCCUCGAAUGAAAGAGAGCGCAAUGUGCAAUCCAUUCCAGGCUUAGGUGAUUAUGACUACCCAGUGCCAGACAAACCUGUGGGCUCUGCAGAGUCUACUUGUCCCAAGUACACUUCGGAAACAGCUGUGAACAUCCUUAUGCACUUUGGACUUGAAAAAGAGGACCUGGAACAUCUGAUCUCAUACCCCGAAGAUCAGAUCACUCCUGACAACCUGCCUUUUAUCUUACGACAAAUCCGCAUGGAAAAGGCAAAGAGAUCUACAAUGGCAGGUCCAUCAAAAUCCUACUAUGAUCCUCAUUCCACCACAAGUACGAGUGGAAGGGAAAGGUUGAGUACUUCAAGAGGGGAAGGGAUGUGUCAGGAUGAAUUGUCACCUAUUGUCCAACCAAGUAAAGUGAUUGAUUAUGGACAUACUGGCAAAUAUACUGGGAGCUUUGGGGAUGAGAUUGGAAGGAGCAGCGGUAGAGCUGGAAGUACGCUGCUGAUGGGCUCCUACGAUAGUAGUGGUCUCAGUCGAGAACCACUGCAAAAAAGUAUGACAGAGGUGAAAAACAGCACCUUGGUUUUUUCCUGUGAUCAAGGCAGCUCUUUUACCAGUCAUGGCUCAAUGCGAAGCAGCGGUCCAGCUCAACAACUGCCCACACAACCAAACCAGCCUUCUCAAGAAAUCUUCAAAGGUUUCUCUCUGCCCAAGACAGACACAGACAUAAGACCUCUUAAAGCAGAAGUCACUAAAGCCCUUCCUUUGAAAGAUCCAGAGCCAGAUCGCCAGUCAGCAUCAAAAAGCCAACUAACUCCUAAUAUAGUUCGUAGUGUGCAUCCAAGCCGACCUGGCCUUGUACUCAUUGGCAGCAGCAGCAGCGACAGUCACAUCAAAGAAAAGAGCAAGACUCACGGGCAAGUACCAAAUGUUUCUGAGCAGAUGAACAAACAGCAAAUGCAGCAGAAGCAGAUACAACAGCAACAGGUGAAACAGACAAUGCAACAACCACCACCAAAGCAUCAGAUGCAGCAACAGUUGAAGCAACAGCAGACGCAACAGCAACAAAUGAAGCAGCAGCAGACGGAACAACAACAACUGAAGCAGCAACAGACGCAGCAGCAGACUCAACAACAACAACUGAAGCAGCAACAGACGCAGCAGCAGACGCAACAACAACAACAACUGAAGCAGCAGCAGACGCAGCAGCAGAUGCAACAACAACAACUGAAACAGCAGCAGACGCAGCAGCAGAUGCAACAACAACAACUGAAGCAGCAGCAGACGCAACAACAACAACUGAAGCAGCAGCAGACGCAACAACAACAACUGAAGCAGCAGCAGACGCAACAACAACAACUGAAGCAGCAGCAGACGCAACAGCAACAAAUGAAGCAGCAGCAGACGCAACAACAACAACUGAAGCAGCAGCAGACGCAACAGCAGCAACUGAAGCAGCAGCAGACGCCCCAGGUACCUAACCUGCCGAUCGGGUUGCAGCAGAUGCAGAAUCAGCCAGCUGUGCAUAUGGGACAAGUUUUGCAGUCUCAAGUUUUUUCGGCUGCAAAGCCAGUUCCACAGCCGUCCCUCAUGCCAGGGCUCACGAUGCCCGUUCCUCCGGGUCUCUCUCCGCUAAUGCAGAACCUCAUGAAUUUCAUUCAUAUACCGCAGCCCGCUUCCACCAAGCAGCUUCCAGCAAAGGUAGAAGUGACAAGGAAUAUCCCAGUGCUGGCCCAGAUGCAAGACUACACUGCCGCUUCACCUAGGGUCUUUCCUCAUACCUGCUCUCUAUGUAACAAGGAAUGUAAUCAGAUGAAGGAUUGGAUCUCCCACCAGUAUACCAGCCUUCACAUUGAGAACUGCAAACUUCUGCGAAAGCGAUACCCAGAAUGGAACGGUGAAAUAGCAUCACUGCUAGGUGCAUCAGGUACCAAGCCCUCUCCCUCAACUUCUGCUGAGACUUCCCAGAAGAAAACCAGACAUGAGAGUCGUUCCCGUUCCCGCAGCCCCCGGAGCCAUCGUGACUCAGAGCGUAGCAGGGACAGGCGAAGUAGCCGUUCCCACUCUCGUAGCCCCCGCUCUCAUCGUGAGUCGGAGCGAAGAAGAAAUAGACGAAGUAGCCGUUCCCGCUCCCGCAGCCAUCGUGACUCUGAGCGUAGCAGGGACAAACGAAGUAGCCGUUCCCGCUCCGGCAGCCCACGUCGCCGCCGUGACUUGGAGCGUAGGAGGGACAGACGAAGUAGUCACUCCCGGUCUCGAUCACGCAGCCCCCGAAGGGAGAGACGCAGAAGCCGAUCACGAUCUCCGUACAGCGCCAGAUGUAAUCGCAGGUCCCGGUCUCAUUCUGACUCCUCAUGGUAUGACCGUCCUUCCUCUUCACGAUAUCGAUCACGCUCACGGGGCCGCGAGAGACGAUCCUCGCCGAGAAGAAGACAUGAGAAACGUUCAUCACCGAGGAGAAGCUGGGAGAGGCGAUCCUCGACUGAGAGGUCAUCUCCUAGGCGAAAGAAGUUGAGCAGCUCGAAGAUCUUGGCAAAGAAACUGCUGGAAACACCAGCUCUUCAGUCCUUAUCAAAACAGUCUGACCUGGAGACUGUCGUCAAAACUUUGGCUCCUGCCCUGCUGGCUGAGCUAGCCAAGAUGGAGUCGUCCCCAUCAACAUCAUCAUCAUCGUCCUCACGUUCUGCAUCUCCAGAAUCAACUAAAGGGAGGCCUAGCACAGAGAAGACAAAGGCUGGUAAAUCUUCCCCUCCGACCAUGGUGAGGCUACAAGGGAUUGUCAGUAGUCUCUCUCACAGUGAAGUGAUUUCUGCUGUGGAGAAAUUUGGAAAAACUAAGUCAGUUGUUUUGUUUAGGUCAAAAUUACAGGCAGUUGUGUGUUUCGAGAACCAGGAAGAUGCUGAGAAACUGAAGAGCUUGAAGAACUUUGACAUAAAAGAAGUAACUGUCAGUGUUGUUGGUGAAAAGGAAAUUGCAUCCAAGAAAACCACAAAAAGUAAACUGGAAACUACAGCAAAAGUCUCGGUUUCCAAAGCGAAAAACAUCUCAGCUGAGCAGAAAGCUAAAACUGUAAAAACAGGUGAUAAGGCUGAAGAAGCAGCUUCAAGCCUCGAAAAAUCUAAGAGGAAAUCUACGAAGAGUCCCGAAAAGCAGCCUAACACCAGUGAUUUGAAACGAAAACCUAAACCCAAAGGGUCUCAAACCUGUGCUAAAGAAGCUGUGGUGGUACCUAAAAAUACACCCAAUACUACAAAGGCUGUUGAACCAAUUAAAGGUGCUGCAGUUGACGGUGAGCCAAAAGUCUUGACUUCCAAAGCAGAAAUGGCCUCAACCACGCAGAAAUCUAAAACAGCAGGAACCGUGAAAAAAGAAAAAGUGGAUCCAUCUAAAUCAACAACGUCAGAGAAUAUAUCGCCACCAAAACCUACUGAUCCACCUCAGAUACCACAAACUGUCAUCAAAAGUCCAGAAGAUUCACUCAAAGCUUCAGAACAGACCGAGCAAAGUUCAGAUUCUGCUGUACAAGAAGAAACACAACAGCCGACUGCAGGAAAAUCACCUGAGAUUUCUGUGGAGGCAAAGCAGACAGUUGAAAGUGUAGAAACGGUCACAAAGGACAAAGACUCUGUGACUGCAAAGAAGCCGGCCGCUGUUACCCAACUGACAUUUGGGGAGCGGAUACAAGAGCAACUGCGUCCAGAAAGAAUCCGUUGUCUCAAGACAGUCAAACUUCCCAAUUCAAAGCUUGUUUCGCUUGAUUACAAGGUGCUGUUAAUAAGCAACCUGCCAGAGUAUCACGAUGGCUGUUACGCAGAGGAGGACAUCGCCAGUCUGCUCGCUCGACACAGAUUUGAAUAUUACGACGACACGAUCUAUGUUAUACCACAGGCCCGCAUGGGUUUUGCCCUCAUGCCGACAGCAGUGGCAGCUAAAAACAUCGUGCUAGCAUCAGAAAAACAUGAUUUUAUUCUCAAUGGGUCUAAACUUCGACUGCAGGUUGAGAAGGGCGACAUUUUAAUGACACCGCUUGAGUUUUAUAAGUCUCUGAUGAAACGGCUAUGUUAUCAAGUGACUGACAAUGGAGCAAGAACAAUCUACAUCAGGAACAUCUCACCAGGCGAGUCCCGGGAUCUCAGAGAAGCUUUGAAAAAAAUGGAUUUUGUAAGAAACUACCUGCCUCUUCUCAACAAGGUGUUUAUCGAAUUUGAGUCUCUUCGUGAUGCUGAUCGCCUUGGCGUUUGGUACAGCCUUCUAAAACGGGCCACCGGCCACAAAUUGUCAAGGCUGGAAAUACCACACAGUGGAUGUACCUCACUGCCACCAAGAUUGCCAGACAAAGCUUUGCCAGACAGCGAGGUUGCUGUUGAUGGUGCAACUGUCCCAACAGAAGAUAUUACCAUCCCACAACGCAGCACUUCACCAUAUUGGAUCACAAUGACAACUAGUCCCUUUGUUUUCCCCACUGUCUCUCCUUGGUUCACAAUCCCAGAGUAUUUUACUGUCAGUGAACCUGAUGACAUUGAGAAAGCCCAAUCUCAGGGUUCUAUGUUCUCCACGAUCAUGUUGACCGGUUUGCCAGAAGGAAACUACAGACAGGAGGAUGUCGCCAAGCUGGUGUGGCGUUACUUCCCUGAUCAGACUGUUCAGACUCUGUACUACAACAUAAUCGUUUUAUCACUGCAGAGGAGGGCCUUUGUAUUUUUUAACAGCUGGGAUGCGUGCUGCGAUUUCGCCAGAGAUUACCUCAAAGAUCCAGUUACUGUUGGAGAGUGGACGCUCAAAAUCCACGUUGUUUUACAAGACAUGCGUCCUGGUUCAAGUGAGGAGAACAUGUACAGAAGCAUGAUGAAAUGGAGCAGCACUCAUGUUCCAGAGUCUGAGUCUCUGGAGGACCGGCUGCUGAGUGUGGAGGUCUCCGAGGUGAAUGUGGACCUUCUCAUGAUGAUAAUGGAAGUGUUGGCGUCCAUUGCUGCCUUUGUCAGAUUCUUGCCGCUCGCCAACAGGAUAUGCAUUGAGAUGGCUGAACCUGGUGGAUUAACACAGGUGAUGGAGAGCAAUGUCACCAAGGACUAUUUAUCUUCUUGGAGUAAAGUCGGACGUAUUGAGUCUUUGAAGAGCCUGAAACAGCGUCUGCAAGACUCGGGUGAGAACACAGUUAACCUCGAACUGGAAAGCGAGAAGGCCACAGAAUCGACCGUUGCCCCUCAGCCAAGUGAGGAAGGCCAGAAAGCAGCAGUGAAGGAAGAGGGGCCUCCACAAACUUUGGUCACUGCUCCUGAUGCAAACGCCGCCCCUGCCGCUUCUAGCGAUGCUCCUUCGGCAACAAGCCCAGUCAAGUCUGAGGAAAAAGACUCAGAACUUCCUCACAUCAAUGAGGACAUUUUCAUGGCCAUUACAGCUGCGGUUCGUGAGCAUAGACAGGGUCAAGGAAGCAGGGCACAGAGCAAGGAAAGAGAGAGCAAAAGCAGCAGCCCUAGUAGGGCACAGGAUGAAGACGCACCAAACGAAAAGGUUCAAGUUGAUAAUUUAGAGAAGAAAGUUUCUUCAGAGAGCCGCCCUUUUGGUGAGCCGGAUUUCAAUUUAGAGGACUUUGUCACUGUUGAUGAAAUUAACGAGGACGCAGCAGACGCAGAUCCCAAUGAUGAAAGCGACUCUUCAACUAAGCCAAAGUCCACAGAGAAUAUGGAAAGGCAAAGCUCAGAUGCGUCUCCUGCUUCCAAACGAACCUCAGCAAGGUCCUCCAAAGACUCCAGCAGCUCAGUCUCUUCCUCAUCCAAGCCCACGGAAGCUUCUGAGAAAAGCAGUUCAACCUCCUCACCACGAAAAAGUAAAGACUCAUUUGAAUCCACCAAACCUGAAUCCUCUGCGAGUAUCAGUAAGCCUGUUUCCUUUUCUGGUGAGAAAACGCAGCCAAACAAAUCUCCAGACAAAUCGUCGCAUUCUUCGUCCUCGGGUUAUAGGACCCGUUCAUCAAAGAUGGCAUCAACCGCUGCUGCAGAGCUAACGGAGGAGAGUGCAGCAACAAAGUCUGACCUCAAAGUGUCAGCAAAGGAAAAUCAAACUAAAAUGGAAACAUCAUCAGAGACACAGCCACCUGCAGAGGGAGAGGGAUUAGGGAUGAAGAGCCAAACACAGACUCUGGAGGCUGAAUGUAAGGAUGACGCAGACAAAGAGUCAAAGAAAAGCAAAGGAGAAGAUGGGGAAAAAGACAAUGCGGGGAAAUAUCCACAGGAGGAGGAAGAUGAUGGUGAAAGUUACCAGAUCCUUGAUUCGAUCAAUGAGCCAACAGAUGAACAGAUAGAUGAAGACACAAACCAAGAGACUAAAACAGAGUCAUCAGGGCCUGAGCAAACCCAGAGUUUGCAUGAGGGGGAUAGUCAGGUCUUGGACAGCAUUGAUGAUAAAGGCUCAGAGGAGUCCAGUAAAACUGAAACGGAUGCUUCUCUCUAUGUGAUAGACAGCGUUAGUGAAGACCAAGCCAGUACAGUCCAAGAGGACAGUCAUCUGGUCAAAGAUGAAGGUGCCACAGCAAAGCAGCUGUCUGAGGAAAAAAUUCAAGAUACCAAUGCUGAACCAGAUGCAGCUGAUAAAAAAGAAGGGUUGGAUCCAAGCAUGAACCAAACUCCAAGGUCCAGUGCAGAUGGAAAAGAAAUGAAUGAGGAGAUGCUCUCAGAAAAAUCAAACAAAGCUUCCAAAUCAUUUUGCCAAACUCCAAAUAAUGAAGAACAAGAAAACAAAGGCAGUUCAGCAGAUGUUACUAAACAGAAAGCCUCUGAGAAGUUAGAUUCAGUCAAUGAUCACACCGGAGGAGAAGAUGACGGGAAGGAACGUAAUACUCGGAGCCAGGAGGUAUCUAAAGCAGUCACUGAAGGAAAAGAGGAAGAAGCUUACCAGAUAAUUGAUUCUGUGGAAGAAGAGCCAGAGACCACAGAGGCUGAGGCUGAGAACAAGGUGGAAAAAACCAAAAAAGCCGCUGAAGUGGCUAAACGAGCUGAAAGACCAACAAGGAGGGGUGGACCAAGAACCAGAACAUCUAAAAGAGAGGAGAAAGAGACACAGGAGGAGAUGAUCUUUGAGGUAGUGGAUUGUGUUGAAGAUGAAUCUGUUCAACAUGUCUCCACCACAGAGAGGCCUGGUAGGAGGAGGUCGGCCAGAGGAAACAAAGAAGAUAAAAUGAUGCCAACUUCCACAGUUGCAUGUAUAAAACCCGUCAGGGAAGAGGAAUCUACGUCCGAGAUCCUAGACUCAGUGGAGGGUAAGGCUGCCAUGAACGAACAAACCAUCACAACAAGGUCAACCAGAGGAAGAAGAGAAACUAAAGAAGACGUCUCAAAAAAAGACAAGACACCAACGAGAAGGAGGCCGACACCUGCCAGAGAUUCUCAGGAACCAAAGAAGGAGGAACCUCUGCAGACUGAAGAGAAAGGCCCCAUGAAAGAGAGCACACCAACAAAGAAGAGCGAGGAGAAUGCCACCUUUACAAUAGUAGACCCAGUGCAGGAUGAAGUUAUUAAGGAUGAACGGGCCAAAACUCCGGAAAAAAGAAGAAGGGGAAGACCAAAGAAGGACACUAAAGUAACUAAAAAACAAGCUGCCUUAAAGAAUGCUGCAUCUAGUAAAGUGGCUGAUGAAGAGGAGGCCAUUUAUCAGAUUGUUGACUCGGUUGAGGAUGAGACGGCUGACAAUGAGCCUCUCAAAGACCAGAGUACAGAAGAGCCAACAGUGCCUAAAGACGAUAAAGACUCAGCAUCGCCAAAAAAUGCAGAUGAGGAGGAGGAAGAGCCGUUGUAUCAGAUUGUAGAUUCUCUAGAAGACGAUCAAGUCCGAGAAGACCCAACAAAUGCACAAACAUCAGACAUAGAGACAAAGGAGCGAGAGACACUCGGUAAAAAAGAAGACUCUCUCACAUGCGGCGCUAUGGCUGCGGAAGUGGUCGAUAAAGAGGAGUGUUUGGAUCACACUGCUGAGGUUAGUAAUGCUCCAUCUGCUGAAGACGGGUCUGGUACAGCAACAAAGGAAGAGAAGCCAAAAACAGAUACUAAAGAGGCCACUGGGUCCCAAAGUGAUGCUGCUGCAGUACCAGAAGAAAAGACAAAUCUGGAGGAAGACACCCAGGAGCUGGUUACUCUGGAUGAGGUGGGAGCAGAUGAUGCUGGGGAGGAAAGAGCAGUGGAGGGUCAGGACUGGAGCAGGGAGAUCACCAAGGGAGAACCUGCAGAGCUCGUCACUCUGGAUGAGAUUGUUGAAAAUGAUGAGGAGUGGGAAAGGACAGUGGAGCCCCGCCCACCAACACAGGAGAGCCAAUCAGUGGAGGCCGCAGACAUAGAGACUUUUGCGACAGCAGCUGAGGAAGUUGCAGAAGAGGAGGCAGAGAAGACAUCAGGAUCUGCUAAACGCAAACAUGAUGAAACAGAGGAGAGCGUCAACUUUGUGACGGUGGACGAGGUGGGAAAGACUGAGGAGAAGGAGGCGGUAAUUACCAGGACAAGAGGUCGACCCAGGAAGAGAACCAGGCAGACCCCCGUGAGAAAAUCUGCUAGAGGGAAACCAGAGAGGACAAAAGAUGAGACAGAAGAGGAGGAAAAAACAGAACCACUGCCUCCAGCUUCUGUUAAUCCCACUUUAUCACAGGACCGAGACUCAUCUGUGCCGCCAGGUGACGGGCAGGCAGAGAGGACCGAGGAGGAAGCAGCGACCCAGCCCGAUGCUACACCUGCCCCUGCUGGACCGCAGCCAGAGCCCAAGUGUCCUGAUAAGGAGACACAGGAGGGAGAGGAGAAGGAUGGAUGGAGCACGGCCGACAUUAAAGUUGUGGGUAAACGCAGGAGGGAGCUUGUCGGACCUGAGGCAAAGCGAUCUCGCUCUCAGUCUCCAUGUGUUGUAGCAGAUUUCAGACUGCCUCAGUUCAACCCUAAUAGCCCCCUCGGUCAGGAGUUUGUGGUCCCUAAAUCAGGAUUUUUCUGUAACAUCUGCUCUGUUUUCUACCUGAAUGAGAAGACCGCCAAGGAACUCCACUGCUGCAGCCAGAAACACUACGACAACCUGCAGAAAUAUUAUGAGAAACGUCGACAGAGAGCUUCAAAAAUGUCAUCUCAGAUGUCUCAAGGCUCUGUUUCUGACUGAUGGACCUGAUCUAUUGAUUAUUUUAACAUAUCACUGUGGAGAACAAGCCAAUGUUAUUGAUCCUACUAGUUCAGAAACUAAACUAAUCGCCAUGUGGCACCUUUUGUUGUAAAUUAUGUCUUCAUUCAUGAAUUGUCUCCCAGCCUUUCAGUUAAUGCUUCUGUUUUUGUUUGUACAGGCCGAUGGAGAGCACAGUUUUAAUUUUCUGUUAUUAUUUUAUCUUUUAUGUGAAAAUAUUAUUGAAAAAUUGUCCCUAUUAAUUUAGUUAACAGGUCAUCAGGAGGUACCUGACAGGUGUUGAGAGUUUAUUAAAUCUUUUUCUUUUGCUUAUUUC